UUCAUUUACUAAUAAAUUAUGCUCCAUGUUCUCUCCUCAUUUCACACCAAGCGCAAACUAGCCUGCAUAAACCUACACAAGCACACACACCCCUUCCCUGUACUUCAGUAUAUCUGGAGACGAAGAUGAACUAUUAGCUUGAUUGAGAUUGCAAAUAUUGUGAAAGGAAAAAGGACAAAACAGGAAAGCUGAGAUCUUGUCGCAUUUCUGCAUAUGCUCUUCAUUUUGUAGCGGGCGAAGGUGGAAAUCAGAUUGAACUCGAGUUAAAUAUGACGAUUCGGCGAGUUGCUUAUUGAGCUAAAUUUCGAUUCUUUUGAUUUGGGUUUUGGGAAAUUGAGGAACUAUGAUGUAAAUUAUCGAAUCGAUUCAUCGUCAGAAAGCAUUUCAUCUGCUUGUCUUCAGCUGAAAAGUACUGGAUUUUCGGCUUUCCUUUCCACGGAGCCGGACAAAUUUUCCUUGAUCAAGUGAACUCAACACGCUUUUUGCAUAUUUGGAAAUUUAGGGUUUUGGUGAUUGGGCAUUGGUUUACCCCCAUUUUCUAGGGUUUCCGAUUUGAUCAGAUUGCUGCGAGCUGAAUUCUGGCUGGAAUCGGGCUUCAAAUACGCAAAUUCUGGAAGUUUGGGCGUAGAAUUGGAGAUUCGGAGUGUUUUUGAGCACUUUCCCGGAACAGCUCGCUCUGGAGAUUGGGAGUUGAUGGGAGUUGGAUUUGAUUGUACUGACAUCAAGAAUCAAUUUUCAGUUGAAGCGCAGUAUGCCACUGUGGUCAUUGCUUCGAAAAGGUUAUGGAGGAAGAUUGUUCUCACAGAUAGACUUACAACACGGGAAAAAUUAUUUCUUUAGGUUUUUCUGAUCAGAGGUUUUGAGAUUUAUUUUGGAUCGAUUUUGGGAUUUUAACUACUAGGUUGACGAGGUGAAGGUUUAUGAUCAUCAACUCCCAUUUGCUUAUGAGCUGCCUUAACUUGAUCCUUUAGCUGAUUGCCUUCCAUUUUCUAAAAACAUCUGAGUCAACAGUGUUAAGUUUUUGCAGCUUCUAUUUUUGUCAGCCGUAUUUAUGAAUUGUGUCUAGUAAGUGCUAUUGCUCCUGAAUUGCCGUGAUUUGGGUUGUAUAUAGUUUUCAGUUAUUGCGUGUUCAUCGCUUAGAUUGCAGUGUCUUUGUGUCGAAGCUCGAGGGAAAUCUGCAGGUUUGAGCCUGAUCUAGAUUAACCUGGUUUGGGAAUUGGAUCAGUUGAAAAGAGAAGUCACAUGGAAGAUCUCUAAGCUAGAAAUCAAUGUGGGGACAUGGUGGAUGGACAGAAAUUUAAUCGCUGGUCUGUUCCCAUUUUGGAACACAGCUACACGUGGGAAGUAAUUGAAGAUUAUAAUUUUCUUGGUUGUAGCUAUAUUAUUUCUUGCAAGAAGGCGUCCAAUGUCUCGCUGCUUUCCAUUUCCUCCACCAGGAUAUGAAAGAAAGCAUCCACCAGAAGACUUGCUUCUGUUUAAAGAGGCAAAACGCAAAGAGCACAAAGAGAAAAAGGAGAAGAAGGACAAGGACAGGAAAAAAGACAAGGAAAAGAAGGAGAAGGAUGGAAGUGAGAAACAUAGAGACAAGAAAGACCGUAAAGGGAAGCACAAGGACAAAAAAGAGAAACACAAGGAUAAGAAAAAGGAUAAAGAGGACCGGGGCAAGGAUAAAGAUAAAAGUAGCAUCUCGGAAGAAUCAACAGUUUCUAGGAAACUUGAGGAAAGAAGUGGAGAGAACCUCCAACCUGAAGGGCACAACAAACAUAGCCGUUUCGAGGAUAAAGGGAAACAGUCUACCUUAUUGCACGGUCAAAAUGGAAAGAAGCCGCCUUCACAGAGCAUCUUGCCCUCCCAAGCAACCAACGAAGCAAGAUUCAUGCAGGAACUGAACAGGCGGAUCCGAGAUGAGGAGAAGGGUGGAGGGAGCCAGUUUCUUCAAAGAGGUGCCGAUGUGGGCAAAAGGGAUGAAGGGGCAGCAGCUGGAAUUGCACUCUGCAAUCCUUCACAAGAACUGGCAGAAGAUAAGGACAGUGAUGGGGAUAAGAGUUUCCAUGUUAAGAAACUUGAGCUGCAAGGACGCAAUGGCGAGUUUACAGGAAGGUCGAUGGUCCAAAACCAUAGCCAAGUCGCCAAAAGUAAAAAUGAAGGGAUUCCUAGACCGUUGGAAGAACAAAAUGACUUGAGGUUGGAAAAUAAAGAGAAAUAUAAGGAAGCAUGGGGUAAUAAGCAGGGAGACAAACAGAAAGACAGAGAUAAGAAAAGCCAUGGAAAGGAUAAACACAGGGAGAAGGAGAAGGAGAAGAAAAAGGAGGAGAAGGUUAAUGCAACCAUCGAAAACGAGAAAAGUGAAUUUAAAAAUUCUGGAAGAAAUGAUCUUGCUGGUGCUACUUUUAGUAAAAGUGUAAAGGAUGUUGUUGGUACUGCUAUUAUUGAAGGGAGUGUCAAGAAACGGAAAGACAUGGAUGUUAACGGUUUUGUUCAUGCGGGUGAAAUCAGGCCUAAUAAAGUUCAAAGACUUUCCGUCCAUCAGUCAACAGAGAAUGGAAGAAAACUUGAAGCCCCCGCUAAAUCCUCUUCAGGUAAGCAGGAUGUUCCAAACAACGUUUGGUUGGAGCACGGUGGCUGGUUGCACAAUGGUAUAAACGAAGCCAAGAAACCAUCUCCAUCUAAACCUAAUCAUCCUUCCGGUGUUAACAAGUUCAGCCAUCAAAUUGUUGUACCUCCAAAGACGCAGCACCCUGAUCCCAGCGAUGUAAACGAGGCACCCAGAAUACCCAAGAUGAAGGACCACACCGCUGAAGCAUCAAGGAGGCCUCCACACCCCGAUUCCAAGUAUCUAACUCAGAUAUUAGCAGUCCCCACCGUGGGAGACUGGUCUGAGGAUGAUGACCAAGAAUGGUUAUUUAGCAAGAAAGGUCCUCCAAAUAAGCCCGAGUUAGAAUCAGUUGGGGUCAAUGAGGAGCUGCAAGUAUGGUCUGAAGCUGUACAUAUCGAAUCAGCUGAUGUUUGUGCUCUGCCAUAUGUGAUUCCUUACUGAUUCUCAUUUGUUAACUGCUGGCUGAAGAGAGAGAGACAGCCAUUGCCAGAGUUUUCCUCAGCAUCUGCCUCGAUUUAUGACCGGGUAUGAGGCAUCGACAUGGUGUUGCCCUCUGGAGAUCAGAGUUGCAUACACUCUAAUCGAGCAAUAUAUUUUUGUAGCAUAGAGGUGACUCGAUGAGGCGCCCCUCCCGUCAUGUCCAUUCUGAUUUGAGUAAGUGCAGCUCUAGUUUCAUGUCACCAAUUUUGAUUUGUAACAUACAACUCAUUUAGGAGAAAUGCGAGGUGGUGGUGGUGGAGAGAGGGAGGGAGGGAGGGAGGGGGGAUCAUAACAUAUCAAUUUCGGUUUGUCUUAACUUAUAGAUUUAGCCAUUGUUAAUAUGAAGGUUGUAUCUCUAAGUAGAAGACGUGAUGCGUUCUUGUUUGAAUACCAAGGAAUAAUUUUUAGACGCGAGGAAAAUAUUAGAGGUGUCCAAAAUCCAAAUAUUAAUAUUAUAAAAAAGUCUGAGGCCAUAAUUAAGUAUU